AAGCUAUUCGAAGGAAGGUUUCAUCGUUCCUCAGUAGCUAAUCAUGAAUCGUUUCUCUCUCCAAAAGAAAAUGAUAUUGUCAGUGUUUAUGCUAUAAAAUUUAGCGAUAGAGAAGAUUUAAUGGAAGGCGCUCUUGUACGUGAACCAGCAAUAGUAGGAAACUUUUUCACAAUGCAUAUUUAUUUGGAUAACUACGUGAAAUUUCUAGAUAACGCCCUGAUUACCAAUAGAACAUUUUUCAUUAUAAGUAGAGAUCCAGGUGAUCAUCCCAAUCAGAGAGUAAUCGGUAAAACAUUCCUCCAUUAUUUUAUUUGACU